AUGUAUCGUCAAAACCACCCCGGUCCUCUCUCCCUACCUACAACCUGGAGUCCUCCCACAGACGACAUGCCCAAUAAAUCCCACGACGAGCGAAGCCGCCAAGCAAGCACCUGCUCUGAACACAGCUGCGAAGGCAUGACACUCGACGAAACAAGAGAACUAUGGAGAUGCAUGCUCGAACUUCAACUUCGCUACGGAUGUUAUAAUUCCACGAGGAUAGAUAUGGCUGUUGACGCCGGUGAAUCCGGUCUUGACCUGAUGCCAAACCGGUUCAUCAUCGAUACUCUAAACGAGUCCGUUAUUAACCUUCCCGAUGAAGGCCGCGAAUUACUUAACCGCUACUUAUGUCCUUCUUCACCAAACAAUAAGCAAAAGUGGAAAUUCUGGAAGAAGGAAUAA